UGACGUUUCUUCGCGCAUGCGUGGACUGAUUCUGGACUUCCGCUACCGACCGGGUAGUGUCAGCUGUGUUUCUGAGGAAGUUGCAAUUAUGACUGUUAAUAGUUUGCCGUUGCGGGAUGCGUCCGUUCAUUUUAGUUUGCUUCAACAGUAUCUAUUUCUUCUGAAGAAAUAUCCCAUUCUGACUAAAUCAAUAACAAGUGGCAUCCUCUCAGCCUUAGGAAAUCUUCUUUCUCAGAUUGUGGAGGCAAGAAAAAAGUCCAAAGAUAAUGAAGUAGCCCAAGAGAUUGACACAGCAGGAGCUGCACGCUAUGCCAUUUAUGGUUUGUUCAUUACAGGACCAGUCAGCCAUUACUUUUACCAGCUGAUGGAGGUGUGGAUGCCAAGUACAGAUCCAUACUGUGUGCUCAAACGUCUGCUUUUGGAUCGCCUUGUUUUUGCCCCUGGCUUCCUGCUGCUGUUCUUCUUUGUAAUGAACAUCCUUGAGGUAAAAGGAUUGGAUGACUUUAUGAAGAAGUUCAGAAGAAGCUACUGGACCGCUCUGAAGAUGAACUGGAGAGUUUGGACACCUUUCCAGUUCAUCAAUAUCAACUUUGUGCCUCUUCAGUUCCGAGUGCUAUUUGCCAACAUGGUGGCCUUAUUUUGGUACGCCUACCUCGCAUCAAUCAGGAAAUGAAGCAUCCCAAGAUUUCAACUCAGGGAAAUCAACUGGAUGGACUAAAAUGGGAGAAAAAUGAGAUUAUACAUGCAGCCAACUGGUCAGCAGUCUAUUUUUGUGAAUAAUAAUAAUAUACCUAUAACUUUCAUCACUGUGAUUUAAACAUGUCUAAUACUUAACAGGGUUUAAUGCAGUUCAUAAUAAUACACACCAAGACCUGUAUUGCAAGUCACACUAAUACUGUAUUAAAAUAUUAUAAUUGUGUAUUAACUACAGAUACUAAAGUGCCUCGAAUGGUAGAUGUCGGUGUUGUAAUAUGAAAAAUAAAAUAUAACAGAAAUACAGAUGACUCAAUUUACACACUUUUAUGCUGAGAAGUUAACACUAACCAUGGCAGAGAAUGCACUCAGCACCCGGAUUUUGCACUCAGGUGUACAGCGGUCCUUAAUAGUCAAUGUUCUCAUUCAUCCAGGUCAUUGUCAUCUCAGGGCAUUCAAUCGAUCCCAACUUGACUGUUUGGUUUGUCUUAGAAGACGUUUCGUCUCUCAUCCAAGUAGGCUUCAUCAGUUCACGCUCACAGUCUUAGAUUGGUCAGAUCUAGUCCAGCAGCUGGUGUCAAAACCUCAAAUAUUUAUACUCCAAAAACCAGGUGGGUGUGUCUGGGCAAGGAUGGUUUCGCCCUGUCGUAGUGAGAAAAACAAUAAGCAAUCCUAACUGUCAAAGCCAACGACAGCCGUUGAAGUGUAACUUCCCCUCGUUAGCAUUGAGGUAUUGUGUGGCACAACUAUCGCUGUGGAUCGACUAGUACCAGUCCAAAAUAGUCGAAAUCCCUCGCGUAAGCAUUCUAUUCAGUUGUAAACAAAUGGCACCUUCUGUGACCAGAAUGUUUCCAACUCCUGUUAUUUGUAGGAAGCUAAAUUGCAGAGUAUUUUAGGAAUGGUGUGGGGUGUCCGGUCUUUAGGAUGCACCAGUCUGUCUCAGGGUGUUGCCUGCUUUGAAGUGUACUGGCAUGUUGUGUUGGUUAAACAUUAGUUUUUCAUAUAGACCUGAUACAUAUGGAAUGACAAUAUUGUUGCAUCUGUCACUUUUUUCCUCCUCAUCCACUCUGUUCUUGUUAUUUCUGGAACUGGAAGCACUUUUCACAAAUGACCAGCUGGGGUAACUACAUGUUUUGAGGGCUUCCCUCAAAUGCCUAUGCUCUUUCUCCUUGGCCUAUAGGCUGGUAGGAACAUUAUCAGCUCGGUGUUGAUAAUGUAGUGAAAUAGGGCGGUAGUUCUCUGGGUCGGCUGUAAUUUUCAGAUCUUGGGUAUCGACUGACGAAGGAGACAGGAGGAGUAGAACACCUGGAGCCAGUCCAGGCAUUUCUGGCCGCUGUGUAUAAGAAACUCAGGUUGGAUGUUGUCAAGGCCUUGGGCCUUUCCACUCUUUAGUUGGGUGAAGUUAGUGAGGUCUUCAGCUAAGAAUGGUACUGAUAUAUAACCAUCAACUCCUGGUGUUUGCCAUAGGCUGAUUGUUUCUUUCUUGAUGGAUCGUUGAAGCAGCCAUUUACAAGGAGCUGUGCAGCUAUAGAGUUGGCUGUCACUGGGCAUUGAGAAUGUCUGGAGCUUCUUACCUGUAAGGCGGUUAAAGGUCUUCCAAGCCUUCCUCCUGGACCGAGUGAAGUCAAGUCCUCUCAACGUCUCCUCCCAUCUUUCUCUACGUUUAUUGUCUCGGCUGUCUGUCAGUAGUGUUGCUUUGAUGGCUGCCUCUUCACCAGGUUAAGCCUGCAGGACAAUUGUUGUAGUGUUCCUCACACUCCUUGUCCCUUGUGGGAAUGUAACGAUGACCAAAACGGCGUGGGACGUCUCUCAUGGCUGCCCUAAUGAGGCGCCAUCCAGGUUGAGAGUGGUUGGUGCGGGUAGAUUGUCGGUGCCUGAGUCCACAAAAUUGGUGAGCUUUUGACAGUUAGCCUUGCGUAAAUUCCACCUCUUCACUGGUUUGGUAAACACUGAUUGGAUAGGGUUGUCUGGGGUGAUCAGUAACGGGAAAAGGAUCCAGGGUGAUGCGCUGGGCCAAUCAGGUUCAAGAAAGCGAGGUCAGGGUUUGAGGUUGUGGUCCACCUGCCAGAGUGGAAGCUGUCUGGUUGUUUAGGAUCAUAGAGGAGUUGCACGCCAGUUGCUGAUGCCCAUUCCUCGAGAGUGACACCGUCUGGAUUGGAAGUUAUAUUCCCAAGUAGUGCUGUGGCAGUUGAAGUCACCGGCAUAAAAGCAGGGAUGGAAUUUACCUGAAGCUGAGUUGUUGGGGUCUUGUAGAUGUUAAUGACAGUUACACCUUAGAUUUGUGUGGCUGCCCAUUCCAGGCUGGAGUCAGGCGGGCACGUUGCAAUUGCUUUCCAUUUAGCGCGUUUUUUUAAAUUAAUGUGGCAAUCCCAUGCAUGUCACUCUCGGGUGUGUGAAGCCAAUGAGUAUCCAGGGAUCUUUAGAGGAGAACUGUCGGUUACAUGGGUCUCUUGGAGGAUUGUGGUGAUUUUGUAUGUCUGUAGAAGUUACCGUUUUGGCCUUGGUAAGGCCCUCCACAUUUAGCUGCAGCACGGUGAUGCCUUUCUGUAUGGCAUCAAACGUUGCCUGCCCUGAAAAGGGUACGUGUUCCAGGUUGACAACAGGCUGCAUUCUCCAAUUAUCUGUUGUUACCAACGAUGUUAGUUUGCUGUUGCUGCUCCUGCUGUCUCUAUUUGUCUUUUGCCUGAUUUAUUUUCUGGUUGAUAUGUCGAUACUGCCUCAAGUGGUGGAAAAGUGCAUUACAACUAAGUACCCUUGCAACUCAUAUGGACCACAGCUGAGAAACAGAUAUUUUGGGCAGUCUAACUAUGGUUAAGAAAUACUGUUCUACUUCAUAUAUGGUCCAAUAAAUAAAGUAAAAGAUUCAUGUAGAACACGAUUGAUAGCUACUAAUUGGUGUAGCUCUUAUGUGCUCACAUACAAGGUGAGUUAAGAUUAUGAACCAUCAGAUUAGGAGACCAUCCUUUCAACCCGAGAUGCUACGCUGACUGACAGCCGCUAAAUAAAUAAAAAAUUAGCAAAUGUCAUAGCUCCAAUAAAGUGACUUUAAACUAAUGAAAAUGUCUUACUGUGAAAAAGCAAAGAUUAGCAAUGUAUACAAGAACCCUUCAAAUAUAUUUUCAACUAAAUGACCAAGAACAGAUAUUUUUAAAAAGUGAAAGACGUUUGAAUGUUUUUCUUGGUGCACUCUACUCAUUUACUGUUUCUAUUGAAACUCUACUGCAAGAUAAAUGGUUUACACAAAAAAAUAAAACAUCCUGCACAGACAAGGAUGUGAAAUCUCUCCGUGUUUGUGUGGGUUGUUCCGCGAACUCCAAUUUUCUCCCACAUCCUGCAUGUUAGGGUAAUAGUAGACUCUAAAUUGUCCACAGGUGUGAGUAGGAAGGUAAAUGUUUGUUUACGUGUGUCCUGUCAUUGAUUUGCACCAUGACCCUUGCCCAAAGUCAGCUGGGAUAGACUCCAGUCCAACCAGAAUAAGCUUCACAAAACAAACAAAAGUCCAAGAUGUCAGAAUUCAGAGUGUUGCAACAUGGCGACCCGCUCUUCUCUCUUUGGUAACGGAAUAUUUCCUGUAGUAAAAUAAAGAGCGAGACAAUUAAUAAAACAUGGUGGAAAUGUCUCAACUACUUUCAUGUGGCUAAACAUUAGCUUGUUUUGUUUUACCUGGUGGUGCCAUGUAAUAUUCCUCUACUGUGUUUUUGGAGAGAUGCAGAAGUUUUUCUGCGUGGUUGCCUUCCGUCACUGCAUCAUGCCUCAGGUAUAAAACUCUGGAUGUGAAAUAAAGAAUUACAAACACACAAAUAUUUAAUGGGAUGCUGGUGUUUAACCUUUGAGCACCCCUAGGGCCCAAAACGGACAUUACAUGUGUUCCUUAUGUGAUAUGAUUGUUCAUAGAGAUGUGAGUCUUUGGGCACCAAAUAAUUUCUCAUUCUGAUUUCUGGGGUGACGAGUCGCUUCAGAAUCGAUUCAAUAAGAUUCUCGAUUCAAACAGAUUCUCGCAAUGUAUUAUUUGGUAUAUUAUUAUAAUAAAACAUUUUCAAAACAGGUUACAGGUUGUAAUAGCUUCUUCUGGUUGCAUGGAAAUGACAUAAAACAUAUAUUUUUUUAAAUACAUUCUUUGUAAAAAAUAUUUUCCAGCUUCCUCCCACCUCCAAAGACAUGCACCUGGGGAUAGGUUGAU